GAACACAGUUCCAACAGUUGGUUAUCUUAUCUGUGAACGAUAUCUGUUAUCAGGUUCGGCUAACGCUGUUCUAUUUGUAUGCGUCAGUGCUGUUAGUUGAACACAAAUAAUGUCUGAGGAAUGCAUAAAAUGUCCCCGCUAUGCAACAUGAAAUGUGGGGGUUAGUUUUUAUCAUCGCUUGUAUAGGGACGAGUUUCUGUACGUAUUGCCCGAAACAGUGCGACUGUGACCUGGAUAAUGGGAUGAAUAGGGCUGCGUGUGUGGACCAAAACAUUGUUAGUGUGGACAUCGGCGUGCCAAAGGAAGUGCAAGUUUACAGCCUAACUAGGAAUGCCAUAAGUGAACUUGAUAACUUUUGUUUCAAGGAAAUCGGAUACACGUCCAUUAAAAUAUUGGAUUUAUCAUAUAAUCUUAUAUUUUGGAUUGGUCUCCAUGCAUUUUCUGGUCUUAACGAGCUCGUGAACCUGGACAUCAGCAAUAACAGACUGAGAUUCAUACCUUCGGAUUUAUUUUGGGACACCCCGAACCUAGAGAUACUAGAUCUAUCAUCAAAUGUUUUUGAGAAAUUAAAAAAUGAACCAAUUAUCAUGCAUACGAAAUUACAAGUGCUCAAUCUUAACAGUUGUCGUAUAAAAUCUCUGCCAGAACGUCUCUUUAAUAGAUUGCCAAAUUUAAAGAAGCUGGAUCUCAGUGAGAAUUACGUUGUCACAUUAAAUUUAGAUGUGUUGCGACCGCUACGAAAACUGGAAAGGCUAGAACUUAGAAAUGACUAUUGGCAAUGCAACCCAGGCUUCAUUGCUGUCGAGACAUGGAUUGUGUCACACCGAAUUAAAUACGAUAAACAGUGCAAAAAGAAAUUACCUAAAAUGUCAGAAAAGAUUGUCUCCAUGACAGUCCCCGAUAUGUUGCCAGUCGAUAUAAAUAAAGUAUGGAAUAUAACUAAAGAUCAAAACAAUACUUUAAUAUUAUCAGUGUUGCCAAAUAAUACAAAAACAUUGACACCGUUUGAGAAAUUUGAUAAAGAGUUUUCAGCAUUUCAAGCGCUUAUCAUUGGCUUUGAGAUUGGUUUGGCUGUUGGGAUCGUAGGUACAUACAUUUGGCUACGAAUGUCUUGUGGUUGCCCUGGAUUCUCCCGACAGCCUAAUAGACGGCAAAGAGCGAACUUACCGGAAGGGGACAUGAGGAGUAGUUUGCUUUGGAACAACGUCGUUGAUUCUGAUCUAGAAACUCCUCCGUACUUCAGGCGACAGUUAGCAGAAAGAAACCCAGCGUCCAACAGAACCGGCUUCCAAGUGGAUGCUAUUAGAAACGGUAACAGGGCUGAAACACCUCCGCCGCCGUACAACGAGUGUCGAUUAAAUUUAUAAGAGAAAUAUGUAUAUUAAUUUAUAUUAUUAACACUCAAAUUAAAUAUCUAGAUUUAAUUACUAUUAUUAACUUGUAGGAUAUUUCUUUAAACCAUUUGUAAAAUUUGAAGCACUUUUUAUAUGAUAGAUAGAAAUAUGACAGUAAGGGCGCAUUUUCAUUGGUCGAUAAGGCCCGCAUUCGGGGUGCGGGAGAUUUCUGUAACGCAUGCGAAUUCCGUUAUUCCGGAAUGCGGAUAUCACCCGCACACGUUUAAUCGACCGAGUUAUCGACCAGUGGAUUUCAUUGGUUGUUAGCUCGCAUGCGGGUACUCCCCGCAAUCGGGCUAACUACCGACUUAUCGACCAAUGAAUAUGCGUCUUAAAAAUGUUGAAUAAAGGAUCAAAAAAUCAUAUCAUAAAAAACUCACAU